AAUGAUUCGGUAACUGUGACAAAGUACAUAACACAGGUGUAUUAUUAUCUCCAAUUAAAACUAGAUAGAACGCAGGUGUGCACAACUUGAUACUGAGGCCAGGUACGGAUUAAGUGUCUUCACGGGAGAAUUCCCAUUUUUUAAGUCCCUGAAAAUAAUUGUCUAAGUUGGAACAAAAAUUUGAAAAUGCUUUGAAAAAAGUUUUGUAACGGUAGCUUGUUUUAUAAGUUUUAAAUUUUAUUAAUAAGCUACUUUACAUAGUUUCUUCUUUCUUCUAUCAAGUAUAUAUACUUGAUAAAUUUUCAAUUUUGAUUUUCUCUGAAACGGAGCGUUAUAUGAAAAUAUUUUACUCUAUAGUUUUUUCUUGUUUCUUCAUAAGGAAUUAUUCGACCAAAAGCUGUAUAUACAAUAUAUUUAUAUUACUUAUAUUAUUCUUUUAAAAACUUUUGUAAAAAUGAAACAAUUACAAAAGAAACUGGAUUUUAUAAAAAUAUUUCAAUAUGAUUUAUUGCAAAAUAAGUCUUAUUUUAUAUUUAUGGAAAUUUAUUUCAUUUCAACACGCCUCUCCCUUUCUCAUUUUUGUAUGAAGAAUCACCGUUAAGUCAUUUUCCAAACGUUCCAGGCCUGAAAAACUUUAAAUCGGCCCUGCAUGAACCGAUCAUUAUCAAUGAUUUAUUGAGUAUAUCGAUAUUAAUCUACGAUGUACUCUGCUCCGAUAAGUUUUUAUAUUUCCAUUACUGCUUACGAGAAGUUUAAUUUCAUUGUAAAUGUUCAUCUCUUUCUAACAGCUCCUUUAUUAAUAUAUUCAAUCACACGAUAAGAUGUUCGAUAAAUUCGAUAUGAAGACGAAAAGUCAGUAUUAGUUUAAGGUAUUCCAGACUGAUUCUUCGAUUGAGUAACAAAACAAACGAUUCAUAGGUGACAUUAAUGACAAAAUAGUUAUCAAUUCAUUUGUUGGUAGUGAUUGUGAAGGAAGGAAGUUAAGAGGUAUCGAAGAAGAAAAGAACCAAACUCUGUGAAGUUAACAUAAUCUACGGGUGAAAUCCGAAAUUCACGCUUGAGUUUUGAAUUAUUCGCAAUAUGAGUCGAAACAGAAUAUUUGUUUUACUACUAUUCUGUUAUAUGUUACAAUUAACGCAAUGCACAGAUAAAUACCACUGUGUAUGGUACGGAAAGUGUGGUACCCGGAAAAAUUUGCAGCUUGCGUGUGCGGCAAACAAUACUGCAAAACCAAUCAAUAACACAUCAGCCUCAGAACUUCUCCGUGGAAAAUGUCCACAAUAUUUCGAAAAUAUAGGUUCGAAUGAACCAGAAUUAUGUUGCGACUCUGAUAAUAUUGAAACGUUGGUUACACAGCUGUCUAUGGCCGAAACCAUCUUUGGCCGAUGUCCAACUUGUAUAAAAAAUGUAUAUAAGUUACUAUGCGAUUUAAGUUGUAGUCCUGAACAAAGUAGAUUUCUCAAUGUCACGAAAACAAAUAAAACUUCAGAAGGCAAAGAAUACGUCGAAGAAUUGGAAGUUUAUAUUGAUGAAAAAUACAUGAACGAUACCUAUGAUUCCUGUAAGAAUGUCGUGUAUCCAGCAUCUGGAAAUUUAGCUAUGGAUCUCGCUUGUGGAGUUCACGGUGCUAGUAGAUGCAAUGCAAAAUUAUGGUACGAGUUUCAAGGUGAUCCGAUUGCAAAUGGUUUUAUAGCCUUUCGAAUGACUUUUAUAACAGAUAAGCCAUAUUGGAACGAACCUACGAAGACAUGUGACGAACAGUAUGAUGGUUUAUCGGCAUGUAGUUGCGUUGACUGUCCAAAAUCCUGUCCUCUCAUCAAAUUAGACGAAAGCAAUAAUGUUCCCUUCAUUCUUUUUGGAAUAAACGCCUAUGGUAUCAUAAUAGCAGUUGGAAUCAGUUGCAUCGCCUUAUUAAUCACACUUGUAUAUCAAUUCGUACGGAGAAUAUUUCGCUUAGACGGAAAAAACCUGAUUAUUUGUAGAGGAUAUCAUAAAAUAUUUCAUGUGGCUUUCACUGCUUGGGGCAAAGCAUUCGCAAAAUAUCCAUUCAUCACGUUAAUCAUCUGUUCGUGCGUAAUAUUGGGAUUAAGUUACGGAAUGACGUAUCUUUCUAUAACAAGUAACCCGAUAGAAAUUUGGGCAGCACCUACUAGCAGAGCUAGACUUGAGAAAAAUUACUUCGAUUCUCAUUUUCAACCGUUCUACAGAACUGAGCAGAUUUAUAUUAAGUCCGUGGGCCUUGGUAAGAUAAUCCACAACACAACAAAUGGUAAUCUUGAAUUCGGUCCUGUGUUCAACAAGGAGUUUUUGCUCUCUGUAUAUGAUCUCCAAAAGAAAAUAUUGCAACUUGGACAAAACGACGGAGAAGGUUUGGAACAUAUCUGUUAUGCUCCUGUUCAAAGCGAAUUUUUUGGCCCCGUUACUUUAGAUCUUUGUACAGUGCAAAGUGUAUGGGGGUAUUUUCAAAAUAAUCUCACUUCGUUUAAUAAGACAGAUACAUCAGAUACGUACGAAGUAAAUUAUUUGGAUGAAUUGUACAAGUGUGUUCAAAAUCCAUACAAUCCUGAAUGCCUGGCACCGUACAAGGGGCCGGUUUUACCCGCGCUAGCCUUUGGAGGAUUUCUUCGUGAGGACGAAUUCAAUUACGAUGCGACAGAUUACAUCAAAUCGACCGGAUUGAUUUUAUCGUUUCUUGUAAAAAACUCACUAAACAAAACUGUACUUGAUGCAACUCGCAAGUGGGAACAGCGAUUCAUUGACUUUAUGAAAGAAUGGGAUGUCAAAGAGAGACCAGAAUUUAUGGAUGUCGCCUAUACUACGGAGAAAUCAAUUGAGGAUGAAUUAGAGCGAUCGUCGAAAGCAGAAGCAGUAACAGUAAUAUUCAGUUACGUGUUGAUGUUCCUUUACGUAGCUUUUGCCUUAAGCGAAAUAAAAUGUUCCGUUAAAAAAUAUUUCGCAAACAGUAAAAUAAUAUUAAGUAUCGGUGGAGUUAUCACCGUAAUAGCGUCAGUAGCUUCUUCCCUUGGUAUAUUUGGCUAUAUCGGAGUACCCACGACACUACUCACGAUCGAGGUAAUUCCGUUUCUGGUACUAGCUGUGGGCGUAGAUAAUAUUUUUAUUUUGAUUAAUACGCAUCAAAGAAAUCCAAGACGUAGCGGAGAAUCGGUGCCUGAUCAUAUCGGCAGAAUCAUGGCCGAAGUUGGACCAUCAAUGUUACUCACUAGUACGUCAGAAUGCUUCUGCUUCCUGAUCGGGACAUUAUCGACAAUGCCUGCAGUAAAUACUUUUGCACUCUAUGCAUUUGUGUCUAUCUGGAUCAAUUUUUUGCUGCAAAUAACUGCGUUUGUUAGCCUUUUAUCGUUGGACGAGCAACGAUUCGAGAAUAAUUAUUUGGAUGUAUUAUGUUGCAUAAAAACGAAAAAAGAAAAUUUUAUAGUCGGGGAAAACUUCAGUUUCGCACAUACGAUCUUCAAACGUUUUUACACACCUUUUCUUAUGAAAACGCCGAUCAGAAUAAUUGUAUUAAUCAUAUUCAUCGUAGUACUACUUACACACGUCAUAGUAUUGCCAGAUAUUAGUAUCGGAUUGGAUCAAAAACUUUCGAUGCCUGCAGAUUCUUAUGUUUUAAAAUAUUUUCAGUUUAUGGAAGAUCUUUUAUCAAUGGGCCCACCUGUUUAUUUCGUGGUAACUCCUGGACUUGAUUACAGUAGGAGAAUGGUACAAAAUAUAAUUUGUGGUGGUCAAGGAUGUAAUAGCGAUUCUCUAUACACGCAAAUUUAUUCGGCUGCUAAGCAACCUCAAAAAUCGUAUUUGUCAAAAUCAGCUUCAUCUUGGAUAGACGAUUAUAUGGAUUGGUCACAAAUUAGCGACUGCUGCAAAUACUUUCAACAUAAUCAAUCCUUUUGUCCACACACAGACUAUUCGUGUGAGGAGUGCAAUAUUCAUAUCGAUGCGGACCAUCGACCAGAUCCGUACAGUUUCCGAAAAUAUAUAUCCUACUUUAUACAAGAUAUUCCAGACCCAAGCUGCGCAAAAUCUGGUCGUGCUGCAUACUUUGAUGCAAUAAAUUAUCAUACAGACAAAUACGGUUUAACGGAUGUUAAGGAUAGUUAUUUUAUGGGAUAUCAUAUCCCGUUAAAAAAGUCAUCUGAUUGGUACGAAGCAUUGAGAUCUGCUAGAACUAUCGCGGAUAAUAUUACAACUAUGAUAAAUAGUAAAAAUCUAACCAACGAGAACAUAACUAUAUUUCCAUACAGCAUAUUCUAUGUGUAUUACGAGCAGUAUCUCACAAUUUGGAAAGAAACGCUAUCGUCAUUGGGUUACUCUCUUUGUGUCAUCUUCAUAGUGACUCUAAUCCUAACAGGAUUGUCGUUAUUUUCGGCGAUAAUAGUAAUACUGACAGUACUCAUGAUCAUCGUAAAUAUAGGCGGUCUUAUGUAUUGGUGGCAUAUUCAAUUAAACGCAGUUUCUCUCGUCAAUUUAGUAGUGGCCGCUGGUAUAUCCGUAGAAUUUUGCAGUCAUAUCAUACAUUCGUAUUUAAAAUCUACGAAGAAAACAAAAAUUGAUCGUGCAUCUGACGCACUUAACAACAUGGGAAGCUCGGUAUUCUCAGGAAUCACAUUAACGAAAAUCGUAGGUAUCAUUAUACUGGCGUUUUCGAAAACUCAAAUCUUCCAAAUAUUCUUCUUUCGAAUGUAUUUGAGUAUAGUAGUUUUUGGUGCUGCGCACGGUCUAAUAUUUUUACCGGUGCUACUAAGUUUUAUAGGUCCAUCAAGAACGUUAACAAAUGUAGCAGAGAAUGAAAACAAAAAUGGACAAUAUAUAACCAAUAUCACAUUCAACAAAUACUAACAACGUGUACUGUACAAUGUACAAGGGGUUUUCAUCCAUGAAUUAUUAUUACGUUUUAAGAGCGCGAAAACAAAUUAAUUUUCCACUUAGUUUUGAAACACAUUAAAAUCAUAUAUACAAUAGAAUAUAUAUUAAAUUAUUAUUUCUAAAAAUAUAUUUCUAUCGAAUAAAAAUAAUUAAUAAUAUCACAUAUCUGCCUAAAUAUUAGAGAAGCUGUACAUAUUACAUCUCAACAUCGAAUCAUUUUAAUCUCCACGGAAGAAAUCCCGGUUCUGUACUUCAAAUUAUUGAAUAUCGGACAGAAGGUUAGACAGAAAAAAUAAAAUAAUUUUCAUUCUUUGGCCAUUGUUUCCCGAUAACAUUUUUUAAAUUUCGAUGUGUAAUGUCUCAUUUUAGAUAUUUUUAGUUAUAUAUAAUGUUUGCAUCUCAUUAUGUGUUUAUAUUUUAUGUUAUUAAGAAAUGGUGUCCUUUUUAUAAAUUUGAAACAAUUAAUAAUUGUAAUGUAUAAAAAAUGUAAUAUCAAAAAUUUUAUUUAAAAUUUUAUAACAAUUUCAUAUUAAAUUUUAUUUAUUUCUCGAAA